AUGACGGAAAGUUCUUUGAACCAACAACAACAACAAGGCUUGCUGCGAUCGUCAUGGCAAGCCUGUCGAGAGGAAUAUCGGAAUGAUGAAAUCCAAUUGUUUCAUCGAUUGGUCCAUGUGGUGAAACCAUCAUCGUACGAGGAUGAAGAGAAUGCCGAAAAUGAUUCUUCUGAAAAAGGUCCAGUCGUGUUUGAGAAAGGAGCAAAGGAAACCCAAGAGAAUGAAAGUGCCAAAUAUUUCGAGAUUACCAUCGACUUGAAUGAAUUAUUUGAAUGGACACUUAUUGAUGUUUAUAGUACGGCAAGAAAUAUUGAAUUGUAUACUUCGAAAGAACGAGAAUAUUCUCAGACAUGCAGAUUUACAGAAAAAGUUGGAGAAGGAUCUACCUAUCAGUAUCACUGUGUAUGCAGUGCUGAGAGUCAUCAAGAUGGCAUCUCUAAGACAUUACCAAUUCACUCGAAAUUUGUUAUCAAGUUUUUGUCCUUGGAUUAUUCCGAAAAAGCAAACAAGCAAAGUAAGAUUUGUGUUAGUGCAAUAGUGCUUCAUGGAACAUGGAAAGGAUCUGUCACGACGCCCUCAUCGAUUGGAGAUUCAUCGUCCUUGUCACACCAAAACAGUGACAUGAAAGAGUCUACUCAAUUUUCAGGUAGUAUGAGUUCACUCAUGAGCGAUCCUCGAAUGCUUAUGAGCCUAAUGAAUGGACUGAAUAAUCCAACUGCAAAACAAAUGUCCAUGAUUUUUAACACGAUAAUGCCAAUCACAAAAACAAUUGAUGCUGUUGCAAAAGAACGAGAGAAGGAACAACAGACAAUUCCUGAAACAAAACCACUAGGUCUUGCGACUGUCACACCGAAACCAAUUGAAAAAACAGAUCCAAUUUCCACUGAUACUAGUUCAAAAGCUCUCACUGAAAAUAUUAUUCAACUGACAUCAUCUCACUCUACACAAUUUUCCAGCAAGGAAGAAUUAAGGACCUUUGUCAACGAAUGUGUGGAUGCAAGAAUGAAAGAAUGGGAAGAGAAAAUAACCAACAAGAUAAUUUCCGAGAUCAUUGGAAAGUUGUCAUUGAACCCUAAUGCAUUGUCUGGUAUGUUAAGCUCGUUUUUUGCUGGUCCCAAAGUUGACAAAGACAUCAAUAAAGAAGACUAA